CGGCCUUGUCAUCGCACCCGGAUUCAGAACAGCCACUUUCACACGUUGCCCAAUUCUUCCCAUUCUUUUCAUCAUCAUUCUCACCACAAGGGUCUUCAAAAUGGAAGCUUCGCCAGUAACAACCGCUUCUUGUAACCUCUGUAGCCUCCUGCAAUUUGAUGAUCUUGCUGCCGGGUGCCGGGAAGUGGUAGACGAGGAGGGUCGCGCCCGACUUUCCUUUGAGGACGCCAAGGUCGAAUCGCGAAAUGACGAAGAUGGAAAUAAGUUUUACAACUUGAUACGACUAAGGUGGCAUCUCGACGAUAGCCUCCCUGAUCUGCCACGCCUGUCUGAUUCCAGCCGAGCGGGUUGCGCCUUUUGUGAGGUUCUCCUCAUUAAACUGAAAUCUGCCUACGAUUUACGUAUCUUGUCGUCGUUCCUCUUAAUAUCCGAUGGUGAUGUUUCCUUGAACGCGUAUAUUUCUCUUGUUGAGGGGGGAAUCGACGGCAUUGUGGUAGAGUUAGUUUCCGAUGCAAUGAAACACGAAACUGGGAAACUGGGAAGCUACAGGGAAUUUUUUCCGGUCGAAGCAUCUCUAGGUUGUCAGAAAUGGCUCGGAGCUGUGCCUGCUCGCCAUGGUGGCUAUUUGACUUCUGAAAAUACAAGCGAAAUUUGUCGAGUGCUAGGAGAAUGCACAGCAAAUUGCCACCCAUGGGAAGCAUCAUCCCUCCCCACGCGACUCAUUGACAUCGGCACUGGCGUGUCCGAUUUGCCUCGCCUCGCUCUGUCGUCAGAUAUCCUCAUUACCGCGGAAACGAAGUAUGCUGCGUUGAGUUAUUGCUGGGGUAACAAAGAGGACGCCAAGGCACAACUGAAGACCGAGACAGCCACACUGGGGGACAGACUUCAAGGCAUAGCCUUGGACACAAUGACCCCCGCGAUCAGAGAUGCGGUUGAGCUCACAAGGGCUGUAGGUCUUCGCUACAUUUGGAUUGAUGCUCUCUGUAUCAUUCAAGAUGAUCCAGCCGAUUGGUCAUACGAAUCGGGCCAGAUGGAUCGUGUGUUUAAGAAUGCGUACGUCACAUUCUGUGCUCUUGUCUCGACCAGCUGCCAGAAAUCCUUUCUCCAAAGGCGUCCUGCGUUCUCGGUCCCUUUUCAGUCAGCCAUCCGACCAAGCAUCAAUGGCAAUCUCUCGGUGAGACUUCAGCCUAUCUCCGCGGAUUGGACCAUCCCAGAGUCAAGUAUACUUGAUCGUUUUGUGUCUAGAUGGAACAAUCGGGCGUGGACCUUCCAAGAAGAGAAGCUGUCUACUAGGCUAUUGCUUUUUGGGGGCUCAAAAAUGCAUUUCCAGUGCGGCACGUACCAAUGGUCGGAAGGUGAUGACAAGUUCAGACGCUUGGAGGACUCAACUAGUUCGCUAUUCGAUCGCAUUGCUGGCAUCAAGCGAGGCGAGCACCCAGCAAGCACUUUAUAUGACCAUUGGUACAUUCUGGUUCACGAUUAUGCCCACCGAGAGCUGACCUGCGAGACGGAUCGUCUCCCUGCAAUGUCAGGACUGGCACGGCUCGUGGGGGAAACUCUUGGAGAUCAAUAUCUCGCUGGGCUUUGGAAAGGAGAUAUUUUAAUAGGGUUGAGCUGGGAAAGCGUACCGCAUACUACUUUCGGUCUCCAACAUCAUCUCCAACGCAUCAGAGAAAGGGAAUAUAUUGCCCCGUCAUGGUCUUGGGCAGCGUGCGACGAGAAUGGGGUUGAUCCUGGCUUCUCCGGCUGGCAGACUGUGCCAGAGUGCACCGUUCUCGAUACCGACGUUAAGACUGACUCGAAAAACCGGUUUGGCAAGGUUUACGGUGGCUUCCUUCGAAUUCGUGGCAAGGUGGCGCCUAUUCCACAUUCACUUCGAGAAGGUGGCAGGAGGGGCGACAAUGCGUCAAAGUGGCGGCUCAAACUCGGUGGAGAAUUUGAAAAUAUCACGGCGGACCUGGACUGGCGUGCAGGGCACGAUGAUGAAGGUCUAGAGAAUCUUAUAAUGCUGCUGCUCCACACUCGGAAUCCUCCUGAACAACUUCACGAUUCAAGUGGGAAGCGGAUCUGUGAAGCUUUGAUACUCUACCCUACGGAGACCCCAGGUGAAUACUACAGAGUUGGGGUGGUACACUCAGGCUAUGGAGCUGCAUGUGAUUUGAUGAGGACUUGGUUCGAGGGUGAAGGCAACGAAAAGAUCUGUACUAUUAUAUGAGAAUCGCCCUCGGGUACACAGCUGUUGAUACCAGCUAGAAAUGCAUGAGAUUAACG